GGAUGCGCAACGUGCAGCGCAAGUGAUCCGCCACUGGCGAUCCUUCAGCCCCUUUUCCUUUUGGUUGUCUAUUGCCUGUAGCAAGUGGGUGAGACUGUGUGAGUGUAUAGCAUGGUGUCCGGCUGUCCACUCACCAGAGGGAACUUUACAUCCAAGUUAAGGGAGUCCUGAGAGAGGGCUGCAAAUUGCGGGAGGGGGGUGGAGUCAUCCCUAACAGUUCAGUUAAAAAAUUUGUCCGAUAGUUGUUCUUUACCUUCCCAGGAGUCUUGGCAGUGGAUGCUAGGAGGAAGAAUUUUUGGAAGGUGGUUGGAGUGCAGUUGAUGGAGGGGAUCAAAUGUGGGGAUCCCUCUGUGAAAGAUAGUUACAUGAAGUUGUAUUGUUUUGGGAGGUGGUCAAAGCAGAAGGUGCACAAGGUAUUGAUUGGGCAGCUGAAGAGCAGCCAUCGGCCAAAUCCCCAGUUCUUCCCAGACCCCUUUCCCCACCUAACUCUCCUUUACUAUCUUCCCCUAGACCAGGUGGACAGGGGUGGGGGCAACCCACCAAAUACAGGUGCAGGGCAGCUGCUGGGAUGUGGACCAUGUCCCUGGCUCCCCCAAGUCCCCUCGGUGCCCUCGCCCUGAUGUUACUGGCCAUACCGUCAGGGACCCUAUCCUUAGCCCUCCUUCCAAUCCCUUUCUCCCAGUUGAUAAUCCCUCUAUUGUGCCCCAAGGAAGUUUUAUUCCCCAAAAACCUUCUCCUGACUACCCUGGAGAAGCGCCACAAGAUGGCCGCUGCCUCAUGGCAGCUACAUUGCCAUCACAAAAUGGCCAUUGCUGUGUGGCAGGCGCUUCUCCUCCCCAGAAUCCUUUUCUUUCCUUUCCCACGCUUUCCCUGGGCCCCACCUUUCCUUUCUCUGACCCCACCUCUUCCCUUGCUGAUGCUAGUGCCGCCCCUUCUGAAAAUGGCGUUGUCCCCCUUUCUUCUGCUCCUCCCCUUGAAGGUGUUUCUUCUGGUUCCUCUCAUUUCCCCAUGGCCCCACCAUCGGCCCUGCCUCCUUGAUCCACAGAAGUCCCUUUUGGCUCCGUCCCCCAGCCUCAAGGCCCAGACCGUCCCCUUCCUGUUUCCCACGCCCCACUUUCUGGUUCCCACAGUACCGUGGGAUCUGAGGUGGGGUGAGGGGAGGGGGAACAGGAACGGGCUCGUUCAACGGAUCAGCCAUUUUUGGCUCCAGUCUCCUAUAGCUCGGGAGGGGAAAACCCCAAGAGGGAACUCCUUUCAUACAAGGCUAUUAAAGAGCUCUGCAAGACCCAGAGAAAUUUCGGCCCUAAAAAUCUGUUUUUUAGGAGCAUUUUAUGAGCAACUUUUACAUCAAAAACGUUGGUCCCUGCAGACCUUAAGCACCUGUUUAGUUGCUUGCUCCCGUCAUCUGAGUACAAAUUGUGGGAAAGAAAGUGGAGGAGAUUGGCAGGGGGUCUCCUCCCGGGUAUCUUGGAGGGAGAAUAUAUCCUCGAUCUUGCUGAAUAGCCGAUCGCCUUGAACCACCUUAUUGGUGAGGGAGACUGGAGCCAAACACAGCUACAGGUUAGGGGGAUCUCAAGAGCUGUGCUGGACAUGACCAGGGAUGCAGCGGAGCGCGUGUUCCUGGCCAUGCCCACCAAGGAGCCAAUGUUAUCUUAUGUGGCAAUUAAACAAUCUGUCUCUGAGCCAUUUACAGACUUUGUGGACGGGGUGAGGGCAGCUGUGGAGAAGCGUGUGGAGGGACUGGAGCUCCAGGACCAGCUCGUUCUGGAGAGUGCUUCAAUGAAUGCCAAUGAAGUCUGCAGACGAAUCAUCUUAGCUCUGCCAGUCUUGCCGCUGCCAACCCUAGACCAAAUCAUCGAGGCGUGCACGCAGAAAGCACUCCUCAUGGUGGAAGAGACAUCCAAAAAGCCCUGAGACAAAGUGAUCACUCCAGCCACUGCACCUCCUAAGAACUCAGCACCAAGGCAAUUUCCACCCAGGCGUCCGCCGAGAUGUUUUCCUCUGCCAGUAGAACCUCUGCUCAUGGAGCCCUGGUUCAGCUUCUCCUCGUGAUCAUCUCAGUGUUACCGAUGGACGUAUGGGUUGUCCCACAGCCCCGCAAGAAUGGCUGGGUCACCCUUGCCCAAACACUACAACAAGAUCAUUUGUGCCUGACUACCACCGCAGUGGAAAAUCCGAUGUCCAUGUGCCUGGUAGGGAUUCCGGGUAAAUUAUGUGAGUACCCCAACACCUUGGUCCACCUUCAGAAUGAAUUUAACAAAAACAAUCCGUCCAACACAUGGGCUGAAGUCUACAGGCUCUGGGGGGUCAAGCGAGUACGCCAAAACACCUGUGUACAACUCCCUGGUGCUGUGGCACAAGUGGGUCUAUAAUCUGCCCACUGCCAACACGGAGCCCCAGGAAUUUGAACUACUGGGCUCUGCGAAGGCUGAUUAUUGUGUCCAUUUUGAUUUUAUGCCUCAUGCUCGGGCGGAUUUGUAUGACCAUGUUACACAACACAAAUUAGAAUACAGGGUGGACCAAUGGUGCUCAUAUAUCACCAAGACAGGGGCUCCAUUCACCAGUGACUCCUAUCCCCGGAAAUUUGACAAGAGCAUGUUUUUAAUCUGUGGGGAUAGGGCUUACCCAGGAAUCCCUUCUUGUCUUCUACGAGGCCCUUGUACCCUAGGGUGUCUGUCGCUUGCCUCUCCCAACAUGACCCAAAUUCUGACUCGAAAAACAGAAAUUCCAAUUUGACGAACCCAAUCAAAAAUUGCAAAAAGGAGUGCAACUCAAUUGGAUGAACAUUGUAACAGUGAAAUUUAUCACCGGUCUAAGUCAAAAAGGGUAGCCAUCUCUGUAUUCCUGCCUUGGGUAGCGGUGGCCAAAUCCCUAAGGGAAUUAGGACAGCUUGAAUGUUGGGUGACGAGGCAAGCCAAUUUAACACUGACAGCCCUUUCCAGCCUCCUUGAAGACGAGGAAAUCACCAGGAAAGCUAUGUUGCAGAAUUGCGUGGCCAUCGAUUUUCUGCUGCUGGCACAUGGGCAUGGAUGCCAGGAAUUCGAGGGGCUGUGUUGUUUUAAUCUAUCUUCCAAAAGCCAGAGUAUCCACGCAUCCAUCCAGGAGAUGAGAGGAAUGAAAGGCUUCAUGAAGCAAGAAACAGAGGACUGGUUCAAAAAUAUGUUUAAGAACUGGAACAUCUUGGGCUGGAUGCUUUCAGUGAUGAAAGACAUUGGGUUUUUUUAUUGUAGUUGUUUUCCUUGCUUCAUUGUCCUUUGGUAUUUUAAAGCUACUUAUUUCCACCACCAUCUCCAAACCCGCUCCAGCUUCAGAGAUAGUCGUCACCGCGGUUGCAACAGCAGAAGAAACCUGGUGGGAAGGCAACCGUGUGAAUGGUGAAGAAGUUUGAAGACCACUACAGCUGCCUUCUUUUAUUUAAUAAAAAGGGGGGAGAUGUUGUGGUGUGAUUUUAUAGAAAGUUAUUUUAUGAAUGUUAGUUAGGUUAAAAUGGUAUGUUCCUUGUACUCCCCCAUUUCUUUCCCUCACAAUUGAUUUGAUCUAAGUUGUUUACCUCAAAAGUUCCUGCCACUUGGCUCCCCAGUUAACUGUCAAUCUCCUCACUCCUCCCUGCUCUUUCCUUGUUUGGUUCUGUCACUCAGAGUUUAUCAACACCCCCCAACCUGUCGAUCCUGUAACCACCCCCAGUUUCUUCCAGAAGUUUCUGUGUCAAUCAACCCAGCUUAGCUUGUCUUUUUGUUCCUUGGUUUUGUACCCACCCCUGUCAUACUGUCAUUGGUUAUUAUGAUUUAUGUAAUCCCCUCAUAGUUUGUCUGUAUUGGACAAGACAAGUUUACACCCCUGUCCGCCCACUCCCUAUUUAAGUUGCUGUAACCCUUGAUUUUGCUGACACUUGUCCCUGCUCCCAUCUGAAGAAGACCUCUUGUUCCUACCCCACCUGGGGGAAUAAAGACUCUUUGGGCAUGCAAACGACUGUCCGUUCCUUCAUCUCUUCGUCUUCUCCCAGUGUGUUUCAACUACCUAAGCUGCGUUACCCACGCCACAGCGCUCAGCAUUACGAGGAUGGCUGGAGCCAUUCCCCUGGAGUGCCCACUCUUGUGGUGGCCACCUGGUGUUAUACGAGCAGUGCUAGC